GACAUUUUUGGCAGAGCAUCAAAAUGAAAAUGGCAUGUUUCUUGACCUUCUUUCUGCACACCUUCCUUGUCUACCAUGUUUUGGUCCAUCCGCUCACUCCUUGCUCAGCUCAGUUUGCCGUGCAUGGACCCCCUGGGCCCAUCCUGGCCAUGGUAGGUGAAGAUGCUGAUCUGCCCUGUCACCUAUCCCCAUCGAUGAAUGCAGAGACCAUGGAGCUAAGGUGGGUAAGAUCCAGCCUUAGGCAGGUAGUGAACAUGUAUGCGGAUGGAAAGGAAGUGGAAGACAAACAGAGUGCUGAGUAUCAAGGGAGAACUUCGAUUCUUCGAAAUAACAUCACUGCAGGGAAGGCUGCUCUCCGAAUAUACAACGUCAGAGCCUCUGACAGUGGAAACUACCUGUGUUAUUUCCAAGAUGACAACUUCUAUGAGAAAGCCCUGGUGGAGCUGAAGGUUGCAGCACUGGGUUCUGAUCUUCAUGUUGAAGUGAGGAGUUAUGAAGAUGGAGGAAUCCAUCUGGAGUGCAGGUCCACAGGCUGGUACCCUCAGCCCCAAAUACAGUGGAAAGAUGCCAAAGGAGAGAACACCCCAGCUACGGCAGCACCUGUGGUUGCAGACAGAGUGGGCCUGUAUGCAGUAGCAGCGUCUGUGAUAAUGAGAGGCAGCUCAGGAGAGGGGUUAUCCUGUAUCAUCAGAAAUUCUCUCCUUGGCCAGGAAAAGACAGCCAGGAUUUCCAUCACAGAGCCCUUCUUCAUGAACUCUGAACCCUGGAUCAAGGCCCUGGCAGGGACCCUGCCUGUCUUGCUGCUGCUUCUCGCAGGAGCCAGUUACUUUUUGUGGCGACAGCAGAAGGAAAAUAACGCUCUAACCAAGGAGACAGAAAGAGAGCAAAUGCUGAAAGAAAAAGAAUAUGCCGCAACGGAGCAGGAAAAAAGCACAAGAGAGAAGCUCCAGGAGGAACUCAAGUGGAGAAGAAUCCAGUACAUGGCUCGUGGGGAGAAGUCUCAGACCUAUGCUGAAUGGAAAGUGGCCCUCUUCCAAGCUGCGGACGUACUUCUGGAUCCAGAAACAGCAAACCCCAUCCUUAUUGUUUCCGAGGAUCAGAGGAGUGUGCAGCGUGCAGAGGAACCACAGAAUCUGCCAGACAUCCCUGAGAGAUUUGAUUGGCGUUACUGUGUGCUCGGCUGUGAGAACUUCACUUCAGGGCGACAUUACUGGGAGGUAGAGGUGGGAGACAGGAAAGAGUGGCAUAUCGGAGUAUGUUGGAGAAAUGUGGAAAGAAAAGGUUGGGUCAAAAUGACUCCAGAGAAUGGAUACUGGACUAUGGGGCUGUCUGAUGGCUAUAACUAUCGGGCUCUCACUGAACCUAGGACCAAACUGACUCUUGACAAGGCCCCUACAAGAGUGGGGGUCUUCCUGGACUAUGAGACUGGAGAGGUCUCAUUUUACAAUGCCAUGGAUGGAUCUCAUAUCUACACCUUCCUGCAUACCUCCUUCUCUGAGCCUCUGUGUCCUGUUUUCAGAAUUUUAACUUUGGAGCCCACUGCCCUGACCAUUUGCCCAGCAGCCAAAGAAGUGUGGCAUUCUCUUGUUCCUGACCUAGUGCCUGAUUCUUCUCAGGAGACCCCAGUGACCCUGGGCUUAUCUGAGCAAAGUGGGGAGCCUCAGGCUGAGGUACAGUCUCUGCUUCUCCCUCUCCAGUCUGGAGCUGAGGGCCUCCCACUCCAGAGCAACAAAUCACAACCAUAAAGCUACAUGCACACAAUGAAGCACUUUACUGAUAUUAAUUAAAUUAUUCCAUAUGACAGUCCUUAGAGUUUGGUACCACUUUAUUGUCUCCUUUAUACAGAUAAGGAAACUGAAGUGCAGGAAAGUGAACUAACCUUCUAAAGCUGAUGUGAAAAUGGUGAGAUCUAAACAACUAACAAGAGAAUUUAAAAUGCAUUAGAUGCUGUACUAAGUGCUUUAGGUGGAUUUCCCUUACUUAAUCCUUGUGACCCCCUGUGAAAGAGUGUCCUUUCGCUGCUGUGGACGAUGAGGCAGGGCACUGUUAAGUAACAUUGUUACUCAUAUAGUAAGUUGAAUAAACCUGUUCUAUCCUGAUUUUCCCCCAUAAGAAGUGACUAUGUACGGCCCUGAGGUUCCCUUCCCAGCUCAGCUUUGGGAUAGGCAUCAUUGUAGGUGGUUGUGGAGGUGAUACCCUCUUGACUCUUUCUCAGCUGAUUAUGAGAGCUUUAGACCCAACACUGCUUUGGAUCAACUCUGCGGGCUGCAGAGAAUGCAAUUCUCUGUCUUGGUCCAGAGAAUAAACUUAGUGUAACCACAUCACACAGGACUGAGGAAGGGACUAGAGUCUAUACUCUUAAUAAAUGAUGUUCCCACCCUAUAAAUGUGAUAAGUGAUCAUGGAACCAGAUCCCAUCUUCCCACAUUCAAGGUUUCCAGGGAGCAUCACUAAUACCCUAAAAAUUGUCUGUGAAAUAAGAAAUUUGGGCAAAGGAAGCUAAAAGAACUACAGGAAUAUGUUUAAUCACACUAUGGAAUCUAUUUCCAGGAAAGCUAUAUCCACCCUGAUCAUGGAUGGAUGUUGAACCAAUAUUCCUUUCAACUGACAGAUACUAGAGGAAAACUCCUCUUCAUCAUUAUCACUGCUAUUGUUCAUCAUCAUAUUCCCUCUGCCUAGCAUGUGGUUGUCAAGUUCUAUUUGUUCAAUGAAUUUGUCCAUAAGCAUUACUCUUCAACUUGGCUUUUUCUAGACUCUGAUAAGUCUUCUCAGCACAAUAGAGUAGACUACACACCUGCUGUACUCACCACUGUUCCACAGUUUACCUCAUGGCACUAUUUGCACAAAACUCUUAUUGUAUGAGUUUUCUAUUGCUGCCAUUAUGAAUUACCAUAAGCUCAGAGACCUACAACAACACAAAUGUAUUAUCGCAGAGUUCUGUAGGUCACAUGUCCAACAUGGAUCUCACUGAACUAAAAUGAAGGUGUCUGCAGGCUGCGUUCCUUUCUGGAGAGCUAGGGAAGAUUCUGUUUCCUUGCUUAUUCAGACUGUUGGCAGCAUUCAGUUCCUUGCAAUUAUAGAACCAAAGUUCUAGUUUCCUCCUAGUUAUUAACUGAAGGCUAUGAUCACCACUAGAGGCUGCCCCACCCCGACUCCUAGCUCCUGUCCUCCAUCUUCAAAGCAGCAACAGCAGGUUGAAGUACUCUCAAUCUUUCAUUUCUCCUGGUUCUUCUUCCAUUGUGUCUCUUCUGCCUUCUAUUUUAAGGACUCUUGUGAUCAGAUUGGGUCCAACAAGACAACUUAGUAUAAUUUCUUUAUGCUAAGGUUAAUAAACUUAAAUUUUAUGUGUAA